AUGGCGGCCACGGUCGCGCACUCACAGACUAUCCCUCCCGGGCUUCAUCCAUUGCAAGCAGCGGCCCUUAGGUCCGCCAGCAGUGGGCAAUUGCAGCAGCAGCCUCAACAUCCCCAACAACGGGACUUCGAUGACGAGCCCUUCGAUGUAACAUCCCGGAAGUUGUCUGUGAGCGAUUUUGUGAGGGUGCGGACGUUGGGCACAGGGACGUUCGCCCGUGUUUGCCUGGUCCGGCCAUCCCACGGCACAGAGGUUGAUCGCGCCAAGGUGUAUGCGCUGAAGAUACUGCGCAAGACUGAGGUAAUCAAGCUGAAGCAGAUCGACCAUGUGCGCCACGAGCGUCAGAUCCUGGCCGACGUGCGAGGCCACCCUUUCAUCACCAGCUUCGUCGCCUCCUUCUCGGACCACGAGUUCCUCUACAUUUUGCUCGACUACGUACCCGGCGGAGAGCUCUUUACAUACCUACGCAAGUUCCGCCGUUUUGACGAGAGCAUGGCCCGUUUCUACGCCGCCGAGAUUGUCCUAAUCUUGGAGCACCUGCACGAGCAGCAAGGGGGGAUAGCAUACCGGGACAUGAAGCCGGAGAAUUUGUUGCUGGACGCAGAGGGGCAUAUCAAGCUCGUCGACUUUGGUUUCGCGAAGCGGCUAGGAAAUAACGAGUCCGGCCACCCAGUCGAGACUUACACAUUGUGUGGCACCCCCGAGUACCUCGCGCCCGAGGUAAUCCAUAACAAGGGCCACACGACCGCGGUAGACUGGUGGGCGCUGGGCAUCCUUAUCUACGAAUUCCUCACGGGCUACCCGCCGUUCUGGCACCAAAACCCCAUCGAAAUCUACAAGCAAAUCGUCGAGAAACCUAUCGUCUUCCCGCAAGAACCACCCAUCAGCGACGCGGCAAAGGACAUCAUCCGGCAGUUCUGCACCGUCGACCGCUCCCGGCGCCUCGGUAACGUUUCGGGCGGCGCGGCCAAGGUCAAGGCCCACCCCUUCUUUAAAGGUGUCGACUGGGAUGCCGUCUACCAGAAACGCCACCGCGGGCCCAUCAUCCCGCCCGUCCGGUACCCGGGUGACGCGCAGUGCUUCGAUCUGUACCCGGAAGAGGACGCCAACAAGGAGGAGUAUACUAAUGAGAUGGCGGACAGGUACGAUGAGUACUUCGCGGAUUUCUGA